GCGAAAUUUCCUAGAAAGUCGCAGUGACCCCCGCCGGGGCCAAAUCCGCCUCCGCAAUCAUGAACAAAGAAGCACCGCUCUCCAUCACUGAGCGCGACUUCAUCCUCAAUGCGCUGCGCGAGGAUGUGCGCCUGGACGGUCGAGAGGCCGAUCAGCUGCGUCCGCUGAAAGUGUCAUUCGGGGAGGAGUACGGGCAUGUGAAGGUGCAGCUUGGCCAGACCAGCCUUAUCGUCCGAAUCUCAGCUGAAGUUACGAAACCUCACGAUGAUCGUCCGUUUGACGGUCUUUUCACAAUCGCCAUGGAGCUGACUGCGAUGGGUUCUCCCGCUUGGGACAAUGGCCGACAAGGAGACCUUGAAACAUACGUCACCAAUGUUCUGGACCGGCUCGUUCGUCAUUCCAACGCCCUGGACACCGAGUCUCUCUGUAUCCUCAAGGGUGUUAGCUGCUGGAGCGUCCGUGCGGACGUCCAUGUUACCGACUACGAUGGCAAUCUAAUCGAUGCGGCUUGUAUCGGUAUCAUGGCAGGACUGCAGCAUUUCCGUCGCCAAGAUGCCGUGGUUAAGGAUGGCCAGGUGAUUGUCUACGGACUCGACGAACGCGUUCCUGUCGCAUUGAACAUCACGCAUAAGCCGCUCUCCGUUACCUUCCACACCUUCGACGAAGGGAAACGGGUGAUUAUCGAUGCGACUCGGAAGGAAGAGCAAGCGUCUGAAGCAGAUGUCGUGAUAGGCAUCAACAAUGCGGGGGAUGUGUGCUUUGUCUCCAAGUUCUCCGGAUCCCCGGUGGACGCAAUGGUUUUUGUGGACAAGACCUCUGUUGCGCUGGAAAAGGUUAAGGAGAUCAAUGGAAUCAUCGACAAGGCACUGCAAGCUGAUCUUGCGAAGCGGGCGAAGAACGGCAUGGCCGAGCAGUCACGAGCAGAAAACGAUCGGUAAUCGGACUUGAGGUGUAGAAAGCAACCUUAUUUAAUGGGCUAAGACAAUACAUGAGAUCGAUGUAUGAUAGGAGCUACUGGCAUAGACUGACUGAGCUACAAGCUUGGCCAAAAGAAACUUUAAUCCAAAACCUGGUUCACCUUUCUAUGACUCUUGAC